UGAUUUUCUGUAGGAUUUAAAGUUUUAGGUCAUGUAACGUUAACUUGCAUUCACAAAUGUAGCUAAUACACAGGCUGGUUUCAUUCAGUUUUUUAAUGUUCAGUGUGUUGAAGUAAAAUUUCUUGUUCUGAAUUAUUUUGCCAACCUCUUAAGUCGUAAUGGUAGGCUACCAGCUAGCAGUGAAGCUUCUUGAUUAGCCUACAACUUAACCUCAAGUAUAUAGCUAGCUAGCUAACAGUUAUCGAUGUGAAAGGCCAACGUGCAUUCUCUCCCCUGGCACGUCAAAGGAAAAUGCACCUGAAAAAAGGCAUGUAUUGUGAUUUGUGACUGAGUGUACCAGAAAUGAGUUGCACUUUCCACCUCCUGGUGUCCCGCAAUGACUUCUACCAUGGCCGGUUUCUGCUCUUGUCUCGACAGUCCCUGUUGCCCAGAUUGCUCAGCUCCAAGCCCCAGAUCAGCCGCAGCCUGCAAGAGAGCUACAGGCUUCUGCAACUGCCUGACGAGGGACACAACAGUCCUGCUCAGGUGAAAGAGGCCUACUUGCGCCUCGCCAAGCUCUACCACCCGGACUCUGGGGCUCCGACUGCAGAUGCAGUGCUGUUUGCUCGGGUUGAAGAGGCCUAUCGUGCUGUGCUGGCACAUCAGAGCAAGUCCAAGCAACCUGAUGAAGGGAAGGAAGCAGAAGAUGAGGAUAAGUCCAGAGGUACAGCAUUUCCGCACAGACACUACCUCAGUUUCGAGGGUGUGGGUUCGGGCACGCCCAGCCAGCGUGAGCGUCAGUACCGGCAGAUUCGUAUCGACCGGGCAUCCGAGCAGGUUUUGAACUACCGGCAGAGGGAGCAUGAGAGGGCAGCCGCUGCAGAAGGGAUGCUGGUGGAACGGGACGUACGUCAGCGCAGCCGAAAGAUCAAGAUCACCCAGGCUGUGGAACGGCUUGUGGAGGACCUGAUCCAGGAGUCCAUGGCCCGAGGAGACUUCAGGAACCUGAGUGGCGCUGGAAAGCCCCUUAACAAGUUUGAGCACAAUCCAUACGCUGAUCCUAUGACCCACAACCUUAACCGCAUCCUCAUAGACAAUGGUUACCAGCCACCCUGGGUCGUCACCCAACGAGACAUCCGAGAGACCACUGCACAGAUCCGAAACAGGUUAUUAGAGGGGAGGGCCAGGCUCGGUGACCCCAUGACCCCCAAAGAGAACAGCCAAUGGGAGCAACUGUGUGCAUCUGUAGAGGAGGAGUUGGUGAAACUUAACAAGACAGUGGACAGUUACAACCUCAUCGUACCAAUGCUCAACAUGCAAAUGGUUCACUUCAGUUUGUCACGAGAGAUUGACCGUGCUGUGAAGGGAGCCUGCCAACACAGACUGGACCAGCAGAGAGAGAGAGAAAAGGAGAGAGAGGGGAGGAAGGAAGAGAAAAAAAGAGCCAACGCAGUAACUAUGCCUAAACAUACCAAACAAGGCCUGAUGUAUUGGAUGAAGCAUUGGCUCAGAUUAAAACACUAGAACUCUGAAUCUAAGAGAACAGAAAAAUGAUUUGAUAAUAAGUGUUUAAUUAGUUUGCACUCAUACCAACCAUUACAGUCCAAGGGGCAAUUAUUUCAGACAGACUUGAUCAAAGUUAGGGACAAUGGUGCCAUGCAUUUAACUCUGUGUUACUGCUGUUAUUGUCCAGAUAUGCAGGAUUGUCAUCAGGUUGUUAGUGGAAGAGCGGUGUUGAGCAAUCAUGGUUGCGUGACUGUAAAGUGUGAGAAACGGCACGUGUUGAUAACGAAGCUUACAACAUGAGGCAAUUUUAUGAUACAAAGUCAGGGGCGUAGCACAAAAUUCUGGGCCCUGUAGAAAGGCAUUCUCUAUGGGCCCCUCCCCGCAUCCACAGCUAUUUAUUCUAGCAUCUUUUUGGGCCCUCCUCACAUGAGGGCCCUGGGUACUCAGUCCCCUUCCCCCCCCCCAGUCCGACGCCCCUGUACAAAGUGUUUCUGUGAAAUUACUGAUCUGAAAAUACAAACACUGUGAGUUUUGUUUGCUGUGUGACAUUAAAAGUGAAGGUAAGUAAAAAAUCUUUGUGUUACAGAGCUUUACAUUUUAGAAUGUGGGAAAUGUUUAAAUAGCUGAAUGUCUCAUUCUAGUCUGGCAGCUGCUCCAGCGUUGCAGGGUUGCAGAUGACGAUGGGCUCUUUGCUGCUCGCUCCGUUACUUGCAGCUUCCCUGUGCAGAGCCUGAGCCACGGCCCUGGGCGGAGUAAUCGCCUUGGUCCAGUCAUGGGCAAUGUACUGGUGGUACGGAUCAUGAGAGCUCUCCAGCUUCUUGGAGCGAAUGUAGCUGAGCAUGAUGCCGAAUGUGAAGAAGCUGAACAUGCCAACCACCAGGAUGAUAUACAUCAUGCCCUGAGACUGAGCGUGGGCCCGGGCUCCAGUCUGCGCAGCCGGCUGGGUAGUGUAGUUCUGAGGUAUCUGCGGAGACAGUAUACUGGUGCUGUUGAGGCAGUGCUGCAGGAAGGAGAGCAGGAGCGACUGCAGCUCGGUGGUGUUGAUGUGUGACAUUGCUGACCUCUGCUGGACGCUCAGCAAACUGCAACUGAGGAGGAAGAAGAGAUGUAAGAAAAAGAUUCAUGUCAAAGUAAAGAUCACCGUACUUUAUUUCUGCAUAAAUCACACUGUAUUUCACUUUUGCAUUAGGUUGCUUAAUCCAUAACUGAAUUAUUCCUGCUAACCUGCCUAAGCACCGAAAGAGGCAACAGACAAAUAAGAAAAAGAUGAUUUCUGCGUUGCAGAUCACUACACUCACAAGUUGCUGAAAGAUUUUACAUGUUUUCCUUCAAAAUAGACUUUGAUAGAAUGAGUGCACAUUAAGACAACAGAAAAAAAGAUGGAGGGGCCAAAUGAGAAACAUAAUCAACUGUGACUAUCUCAGAGUGUGAGAAAAUGAACCACAUCUCACAGUGAUUUUAAAUAAAACCCAUUUAUCAAGAAUUAAUAAAUAGUAUUGAGUGACA